AUGGAAUACCCUGUCUUGGUUAUUGGGACCGGUCCCUCUGGGGCCACGACUGCUUUACUUUUGGCGCGCAUGGGUAUCAAGUCGCUGGCCGUUUCGAGGCACAAAAGCCCCGCCAACACUCCCCGCGCACAUAUCUUCAAUCAGAGAGCCAUGGAAGUCCUGAGAGACGCGGGAUUGGAGCCAGAGUUGAACAAAAUAGCGUGCCCUGCAACCGAGAUGCAGCACACUUCUUGGCUGAACACGCUCGCAGGCGAAGAAUACGGUCGUCUGUGGGCAUGGGGAAACAAGCCGUCGCAGAAAGGAGACUACGAAGCAGCCAGUCCUUGCGUGAUGUCGGACUUACCACAAAGCCUCCUCGAACCUGUCCUUGUCCACGAAGCCGAGAAAGCAGGGGCCGAGUUCCGUUUUUAUACCGAAUUUGUCCAAUUUGAGGAGAGGACCGACAGGGUCCACACGACUCUGCGCGACCGAUCGUCUGGCAAGGAGUUCAUCGUGACUUCUCAAUAUCUUGUCGGCGCCGACGGGGCUCGGAGUGCGGUUCUCCAGUCGCUCCAAAUACCCGUCAUUGGUCGUCAACUCAAUACUGCGUUUAAUGUCCAUAUCAAGGCCGAUCUGGCCAAGUACAUCUCCCAUCGACCCGGAAGCUUAAAUUGGGUACUGAAUCCCGAUGCGCCGGACUGGUCGGCUGUAGGCAAUUUCCGCAUGGUCAGACCUUGGAAUGAAUUUGUGGUCUCGAUGCAUCCUGCAACAAAAGACUUGGGUAGUUUUCAACCGUCCGAAGAGGCGAUCAGAAAACGCCUCUAUCAGAUGAUUGGGGAUGACUCGGUUGAUAUCGAGAUUCUCUCUUCGUUCUCGUGGAGUAUCAACGACCAGGUUGCGGAGCGGUGGCAGAAGGGGCGGGUGGUGUGUAUUGGCGAUGCGACGCAUCGGCAUCCGCCUAUCAAUGGCCUGGGAAGCAACACUUGCAUAUCCGACGCCUUCAAUCUCUCUUGGAAGUUGGCAUAUGUCCUUCAAGGUUGGGCGUCGGCUUCACUUUUGGACACUUUGACCAUAGAACGCAAGCCUGUUGGGGAUGGUAUCGUGCGCCGAGCAAACAACGGCAUGGAAGCACACCGACGGCUCUGGUCAAUCAUCGGACUGGACCCGGAGACUCGAAUCAAGGCGACCGAGCUUCUCGCGUCAGACAGUGAAAAGGGGCAAGAAAUGCGCAAUUGCUUCCGGGAAGCCUUGGAAGCAACCGACGACGAAGUCCAGGCUUUGGGGAUCCAACAAAAUCAAGUCUAUCUGGACUCACCAGCCACUGUUGUCGAACCAGGCGACCGUGCUCCGGAUUUCAGUCACUUGAACCCUCUCAAGCAGGUCAAAAUCAGCACCUUUCCCGGCUACCACUUACCACACGUCUGGCUGGCGGCCGAUAGUCAGUCCGAGAGGGUUUCGACCCUGGAUUUGGCAGGCCAUGGCAGGUUCACCCUAUUCACAGGUAUUGGCGGAGAUGAGUGGGUUGAAGCUGCCCGAAAAUGGUCCAAGACACAUGGACCCCAAAUCAAGGCGUAUAAAAUUGGAUUUCGAUGCGAUUACAUGGACUGUUAUCGAGAUUGGUGCCGAGUGCGCGGAGUUGGUGAGAAGGGUGCAGUCCUCAUUCGUCCUGACCAUUUCGUGGCUUGGAGGUGCCAUGACUUGGUAGCAGAUGCAGAAGCGAAGCUCACUGCAGUGCUCAGGCAAGUUCUUGGUAGAGAAGCAAACUAG